UCGCGCAGGCGCACUCGCGCCCGGGCCAGCGCCCGGGCCUGUGCGCCGGGCGGCUGCGGCUGCCUUGCGCGGUCCGCUGGGGCUGCCCACCCGAGGCUGGCGGCGGGGGCGGCCCGGCCCGCCUGCCCAAGCUUGUCAUCGUUGUCCCGGAGCGGCCGCGCUGGGGCAAGAAUGCUGCCGCCCGGCCGGGGCUUGCUCUGGCUUGGCCUGGUCCUGGGCUCUGCCUGCGCCUCCCUCGGAUCCGCGGCGCCGGGCAGCGUCGCCACAGAUGCUCUGAAUGUCCUUCUAAUCAUCGUGGAUGACCUGCGCCCCUCCCUGGGCUGUUACGGGGACAAGCUGGUAAGGUCUCCAAACAUCGACCAGCUGGCAUCCCACAGCCUUCUCUUCCAGAAUGCCUUUGCCCAGCAAGCGGUGUGCGCGCCGAGCCGCGUGUCCUUUCUCACCGGGAGGAGACCGGACACGACCCGCCUGUAUGACUUCAACUCCUACUGGAGGGCGCACGCCGGGAACUUCUCCACCAUCCCGCAGUACUUCAAGCAGAACGGCUACGUGACCGUGUCCGUUGGAAAAGUCUUUCACCCUGGAAUAUCUUCCAAUCAUAGUGAUGAUUCUCCGUACAGCUGGUCUCUUCCGCCUUAUCACCCCUCCUCUGAAAAGUAUGAAAACACCAAGACCUGCAAGGGACCAGAUGGAGAACUCCAUGCCAACCUGCUGUGUCCUGUGGAUGUGGCGGAGGUGCCCGAGGGCACCUUGCCUGACAAGCAGAGCACCGAGCGAGCCAUACAGUUGUUGGAAAAGCUGAGGACGUCGGCCGUUCCUUUCUUCCUGGCUGUGGGCUAUCACAAGCCUCACAUCCCCUUCAGAUACCCCCAGGAGUUUCAGAAGUUGUAUCCCUUGGAGAACGUGACCCUGGCUCCUGACCCCCAGGUCCCUGCCGGCCUCCCUCCCGUGGCCUACAACCCCUGGAUGGACAUCAGGCAGCGGGAGGACGUCCAAGCCCUAAACCUCAGUGUGCCCUAUGGCCCAAUUCCCACGGACUUUCAGCGGAAGAUCCGCCAGAGCUACUUUGCCUCUGUCUCGUAUGUGGACACGCAGGUUGGCCGCCUUUUGAGCGCUCUGGACGGUCUCGAGCUGGCCCGCAGCACCAUCGUGGCUCUUACCUCGGAUCACGGCUGGGCUCUAGGCGAACACGGCGAAUGGGCCAAGUACAGCAAUUUCGACGUCGCCACGCGCGUGCCGCUGCUGGUCUACGUCCCGGGGCGGACGGCCCCGCUUCCCGAGGCAGGCGGGCGGCUCUUCCCUUACAUCGACCCCUUCGCUUCCGCCUCCGAGUCCAUGGAGCCAGGCCGGCAAGCCGGGGACCUCGUGGAACUCCUCUCGCUCUUCCCCACGCUGGCGGGGCUCGCGGGCCUGCGCGUCCCUCCUCGCUGCCCCGUCCCCUCCUUUCACGUGGAGCUGUGCCGAGAGGGCCGGAACCUGCUGAAGUAUUUUCAGUUCGGUGACCUGGAAGAGGAGCCCCACGCGCGUGGCAAUCCCCGUGAGCUGGUGGCCUAUAGCCAGUACCCCCGGCCUGCAGACGCUCCUCAGUGGAACUCAGACAAGCCGAGUUUAAAAGACAUCAAGGUCAUGGGCUAUUCCAUACGCACGGUGGAUUAUAGGUAUACCGUGUGGGUUGGCUUCAGCCCCCGGGAAUUUCUGGCUAACUUUUCAGACGUCCACGCAGGGGAGCUGUACUUUGUAGACUCUGACCCUUGGCAGGAUCACAAUGUGUAUAAUGCCUCCCAGGGGCGAGCCCUUCCCCCACCACUGAUGCCAACCCCAGAGGGCACAUAACGCGCUCCCCUGCUGCUGGCGAGAGCAGGAAUGAGAGCCGGUUGCUGCGUGAUGACCUGUAAUAUUGGAAGCAACCCGAGGGGUAGGCAGUCAAAGCAGGCAUCAACAAUUUGGCCCAAGAAUAUGUAACAGCUGAAACUUUUGAUUUUAUCUUUAUAAAUUGCACAUUGGUCAUUGAACUGGAGCUGAAACUUUUCCGCUUUUUUUUUUCUUUUUUUUGAACAGUCCUAGCUUUAUUUACUGAAUGAGUAAGGGUGGAGGGAGCGCACUGAAAUGGUCAUUCUUUUAGAGGUCAAGACCAAGGUUGGUCAAUAACCAAACAGAACACUGUACUCACUCAAGAAACGCUUUAGUUAUUUGUGGGAUUUAGUGCAUUUCCUUACAUAGCAAAUAAGAUUGGACAGUAAGUUCCUGGUUCUUUUGUUUGUCAUUUAAUAAUAUAUCUUAUUUAACCCAAUACAUUCAAGAUACUAUGUCAACAUGUAAUCUAGGUUUCUUUCUAAAGUGUGCAGUUAAGUAAUAAGGCUAGAUGCCAAGCCUUAAAAUCGAUCUUCAAUUUUUCUAAGACCACAGAUUUCCAAACCCCAAAAUAAAAUACGCGUUCAGUGAUUAAUGUGGAAUUUGUCCUUCAAAUAGAUAAUGUUCAGUAAACUGGAAGCAUGAGGUGUAUGAGAAAUGUGGUUAAUUUUUCGUAAGAGACUUUCUGGCCCAAAGAAUAAAUUGUUAGCAAAUAAUAUGACCCUUGAACCCAAAGGCCAUCUAUUAAAAGGCAUCUUUAUUCACAGUGGAGAACAGUUAAAGGCACAACUGUAUCCAUGAAUCGAGUCAUUCAGAACCAUUGGUGUUCGCCUUCUCUAGGGAUGGUUGAUUGCAACACCCCUUCUCCAGGAGGCAGGAAAUCGUCUACUUUUCCUUUUAUUAAAUUCUAAAUUAUUUUGAGAACUGAAAACUUUUCAUGAGUAUAAUUUUAGGCGAUUUCGAAUCCUCCAGAACAUAGUGCUGUAUUCCCUAAAUAAGAAAGCAACCAGAAGGGCAGGUGGUGGUCAUAAGCUUAUUAGCCCGUGUCAUCUUAAAAGGAAUGGAACAGUCACAGGUCGUAUUUACAGCGUGUUAAAGUUGAUUAUCAGUAGUCACCAGAAGAGUCCAGCCCUUUCUUGAUACACAUCUAAUGUAGUCCUGUAUCCAAGUGAAUAACUUCUAGCCGUUGUUUCUUUGCAAGUGCUGCGUCAGUGUUUAAAGGUAAAUGUUUGUGAAACAAGAUGAGAGCAAAUUAAGUUACUGCACUGCAUUAAAUUGUGACCAAAAAGGCAAGAUAUUAUAUUGAAAGAUUACUUCAGACCAGUACAAUUUUAAAUACAGAUUAUUUUUCACCAAUUCGCGGACAGCGGAGGCUUCUGCGGUAACACCCCAAGCUUCGGUCGACCACGUGGCGUCAUGUUAUGGCAGAAGUUUCUUCUGGAGGAGGAAGGGGCCCGACUGGUCUCUUGGGAUCCCGCAGCUCCUCUCUCUUCUGGAAGCCUCAGCUUUUGCAGAUGGUUUCCCGCCGCCUUUUCUUCCUCCUCCGUCCUCCUCUCUCUCGCUCACGUCAGUGUCACUUGACGAUGCAGAUUCCUCAGGACCUGUUUUCCGUGGGCUUAGCUUUACCGCCGGCUCCACAGUUAAAAGGCUACGUCGUGACAUAGACGACUCUUCUGCAUCCGUUUGUUGCUCCUGGUUGGCUGUACCAUGUACACAUCAUCGAUUUUUCUCACUUGAUUUCGUGAGGCAGAGUUUGAGCAUCCAAACCCUCCAGAUCCUGCCCUCGCUGAAGCUGUAGGCGGAACUGAGCCGUGCCCGGGGGCUGGGCGGCUGCCGCCUGGCAGUAACUCGCCCGCGUGACCGAAGCCGCAGCCGGGCUGGGGCCGCUUUGGGGUGUUUAGCGUGUAGAUCUGUCUGUGCUGGAAGAGCUUCCACUCUCUCUGGCUCUUCGCUUUCCCUGCCCCCCUGUGCCGGCCUCUGCUUUUAGAAGCGCGGGCUGCCUCUCGCGUUCAGGGGUGUGCUCCCCUCAGCUCGGUCACUUUCUGCGGUUUUGACACCGAGCCCCGCUGGGAGCCUCUUUCGUGCAUCUCCGGUGUUCCUCGGGACGGGAAGCUGCUUUGUGCUUUUCAGAUGUCAGAGUCGACCAGGUUCCUCAUCUCGAUUCGGCUUAGAGAAGCCCCAUCUUGGUUGCUUCGCUGAGCUUCCCUUGAUCCCCGCGGGCUGGGCAUGAUGUAAUUCUCCAGUCGCUCUCCAUAGAAAUCCCGAUUUCACUGGCGUGAGAGGUUCUCUUUUGCCGUUUGGCUGGAACCCGAACUAGUCAGCCCGGAAAUUUGGAAUGGCCCUAAUCCAGGGGCUCACCCACACGAGGGUGCAUCAGAAGGCCGCCGCGGUUCUGAUCCGCGAGGCAUGGAAGGGCGCUGCCCUGGACCCCCUCUGCAUCGGAGCCGGACCCGCCUGGCUGUUGGCAGGCUCCUUCCGGGGCCUGAGUCUCCGCUCCGCCUUGGCCCGCAAAGCCUCUUUGGGCGAGCAGGCGGGCGGUGAGUGAAGCAGGUUUGGUUGACGCUUGGCACAGGGAGUUCGCUCGGCCUCCCCCGCCCCAGUCUCAUCGCCAUCGCCCAGCCCUUUGCACCUGCUUCCCAAGUAGCCACCCUCCCCUCCUCUCUCCGCCCUCGGUCCUGAAGAAUCCACGUGUCUUCCUGAAAUCCCUCUUUGAUCCUGCCCUUUGAGAACACCGUUAGUGCCUACUACUGGGUCUGCACAGACCUCCGCUGAGCAGUCAGAGUCUUCCCUGACUCCACAAAGCCCCUUUCCUCGGCUGACCAGUUCGCACGCUGGUCCCUGACUCUCCCGUGCCAGCCCGUGCCUCCCCGUCCACAGUAGGGUCUCCCGCCCCCUCUUCCCCGUCCAGCCAAUCAUGCUCAUCCUCCAGGCCGCUCUCACGCCCCCGCUUGCAAGAGGCCAGGGCUUUGGACUCUCUAGACCGUGUCAUGGGUGAAAUGCUCGUCGCCAAAGAAUCCUGUGGUCACCGUACUUUAAAGAGUGGCGUUUUUUCCCCUGAUUAUAAAGUUGUGUUAAUGUUAGAAAAAUUGGAAAAGACAAAUGGAGUAAAAACUAAGAAAAUGCAUUAGUAUUUUACACCAAGAUGGUCACUUAAUAUCUUGUCUUUUUGGGGUGUAAAUUUCUGACAUCGUGAUCAUAUGCAGUGUCACAUCCCUGCUCUUUGACCAAGUAUUAUAUGUGGUUCUUUCAGAUCUUUGCAAAGGUACUUUGUACUGGUGGUAAUAUAUUUCGUUGUGUAGUUGUAUCAUAAUUUACUUAACCUUCUUUCAAUUAUUGGAAAUGUAGUCAAUUCCCACGUUCUCAGCGCCGUAGAUCCUGUUGUGAUGAGCAGCUCUGAAUCACGUUUUUUUGCGCAUGUCAAGAAUUCCCUUAGGAGGCGCUCGCAGUGCCACAUUGUAAAGCAUCUCUCCCCGCUGUCCUUGCUGCCUUAGGGCAGUGAAACUAAAAAUCAAGCAAACAGGCAUACAAAUAAUACCCUAACAGCUGCCAAACAACCCCUGACCCCCAUAAUAAUAGGUGCAAGUGGCAUCUUGUUUCCGCUUUGAAUUCUUUGCUUCUUAGUGACCUUGAGCAUUGCUAUUUCUGUCUGAUUUUUGGGCACUCGUGUUUCCAGUUGUGUGGAUUUACCUUUAAAUUUUGAUGAUGGGUUUCACUUUUUUAAAGUAAUCCAACAAAUUGCUCUUUUCCGAUGUGAUUUUCCUCUGUCUUUUCCUCUUAAACAUGGAGACCCUUCCCACUCUGGCGAUUUAAUAAAUAUGCAUACUCCUUUGCU